GCAUACCUCAACCACAUCGCGCCUUAGCCACACGACAAGACCGACGCUUCGCUGCUUGCUGGAGGUGUCUGCCUUGUUGAAUCCAAUUGGGUCUUAUGCGCUUAUAUUGAUAUAAAAAUUUCCCCGCAGCUACAGCAAGCAAACCGCCAUGGCCUCCCUCCUCCGCCCCUCCGGUGCGAUGCUUGGACACAUGUCGAGACUGUCGGCCACCCAGUCCAAGGCGACCCCUUUCGCUAUGGCGCUUGUCCGCCAGACACAGAUGAAGAGUGCGACAUCGCAGACCACUUCUUUCCACAGCUCGGCCAGGAAGGAGAUUCUCAAGCCUCUGCCACAGGUCGUCCAAGGAUCAAUGAACGAUGCUGCCCCCAUUCCUCACAGCUCUCCUAGCCACGGUAGUUAUCACUGGACAUUCGAGCGAUUGAUCGCUGCUAGCUUAGUUCCUCUAACCAUCGCCCCAUUCGCUGCUGGCACUCUUAACCCUGUCAUGGACUCCGUCCUUGCCACCGCUCUCGUCCUUCACUCUCACAUUGGAUUCCAGGCCCUUAUUGUCGACUACCUCCCCGCUAGCCGUGUCCCCAAGACCCGUUCCCUCUUCGUUUGGGGCUUGCGUGCCGCCACUUUGACUGUUGCCGUGGGCUUGUACGAAUUUGAGACAAAUGAUGUUGGCAUCACUGAGGCUAUUAAGAGAAUAUGGACGGCAUAGAUGUAUAUUACAAUUUAGCGGUCACCAUAUCAUUCUUUAUUCCUUUUGUCUUUUUUUCUACAAGUUAUUGUACAGAUUCCAAUGGUUUUCUACUAUCCGCCUAGGCUAGAGGCGUCUGCAAUGCAAACAACGCAGUUGAUUUAAGGGGUUAUGAAGCAAAAGUAGAAUGUGAAC